AUGAUGGACAAUAAUGGUGGUGGCUUCUGUGAGGCGGAAACAACUAUUCCGGUAAGCCACCAGUUCCAACCACCUCUUGGAAGCACAACAAACAGCUUUAACGAUGAUCUUAAGCUACCAACAAUGGAGGAUUUCUCUGUUUUCCCUUCUGUUAUCUCUCUCCCUAACUCAGAACCUCAGGACCAAAGCAACAACAACAACCAUAUGAUCAACCAGAUGAUUCAAGACUCAAAUUGGGGUGUUUCUGCAGACAACUCUGGAUUCUUCAUGAACACUUCUGAUCCAAACACAGCAUCAACUCAACAAAUUCCUGAUCUUCUCAGCCUCUUGCAUUUGCCUAGAUGCUCAAUCCCAUUACCAAGCUCGAACGUAUCGGACUUAAUGUCGGGUUCUUGCUUUGCGUAUGACCCCCUUUACCACUUAAACCUUCCUCCACAACCUCCAUUGAUCCCUGCUAAUGACUACUCAGGGUUCUUGCUUGGAAUUGAUACCAAUAUUACUACUCAAAGAGAUGAUGAUUCAAAUGUUGGGAAUGAGAUUAACAUUGAUAGCGGAAUCAUUGAGUUUAGCAAAGAGAUUAGGCGUAAAGGGAGAGGGAAGCGAAAGAACAGACCUUUUACAACAGAGCGUGAGCGAAGAUGUCACUUGAAUGAGCGGUACGAGGCUUUGAAACUGCUCAUUCCUAGCCCCAGUAAGGGAGAUAGAGCAUCAAUUCUUCAGGAUGGAAUCGAUUACAUCAACGAGUUACGCAGAAGAGUAAGCGAGCUUAAGUAUUUGGUAGAAAGAAAAAGAUAUGGUGGGAGACACCAGAACAAUGAGGUAGACAACAACAACUUGGAUGAUCAGAAUAAUGAAGAUGAUGUUGAUGAUGAAAACAUGAAUAAGAAGCCUGAGAGCGAUGUAACGGACCAAUGUUCAAGCAACAACUCGCUGAGAUGUUCAUGGCUGCAGAGGAAAUCAAAAGCAAGUGAAGUUGAUGUUAGGAUUGUUGAUGAUGAAGUAACAAUCAAAGUUGCCCAGAAGAAGAAGAUCAACUGUUUGUUACUCGUCUCCAAAGUACUUGAUCAUCUUCAGCUUGAGCUUCACCAUGUUGCAGGUGGACAGAUUGGUGAGCAUUACAGUUUCUUGUUCAACACCAAGAUAUACGAAGGAUCAACAAUAUAUGCAAGUGCAAUAGCAAACAGAGUGAUUGAAGUUGUGGAUAAACACUACAUGGCUUCUCUUCCCAUCAAUAACUAUUGAAUAUUAGGCUAACUUAAAUGUAUUUUCUGACCCUUUUUUAUUUUCUAAUCCAUGUUUACUCGUUUGCAAAACAAAAUAAAAACUCAUUUUGGAGCCAAAUUUAAGUUUUCUAGUUUGGAUAUUUUUUUAAUUAGUUUAAUGUAUUCCCUUGUGUUC